CCCUAGAAUGUGGGAGGAAGGGUUUUGAUCGAUAUCGAUCGAUCGUCCAUGGCGGCCGCUGUGCUGUGGGGAUGCCGCCGCCAGGCCGCUGCCGCUGGCGCCGCAAUGGCGGCGAGAUUGCUCCUCGUCCGGCACUCGGGAUCGGUGACAUUCAGGGUGGACGCUGAGGCCGCCAGCCAUAUGGCCUCGGUGGCGGCGGCGGAUGCCAAGGAUCGCGGCCUCAUCGCGGGCGCCGGCGUCGAUGCUCCAGGCCAGAGGAUUUUCAAGUCCAAGCAGCUCUAUCGCGAGAGAGUGGUGCCGGCGCUUGUGGAUGAGUUUGGAUACUCUUCUAUCGGCAAGGUUCCUAUCAUCGAGAAGAUCGUUGUCUACUGUAACUUCCGGCUCGAUCGGACUGAUGCGGUGGUGCUGGAGACCACCGUGAGGGACAUGUACAUUCUAACCGGGCAGCGCCCCACGAUCACGAAAGCGUCAAAGCCCGUCUCGGGAUCGGCCUACAGGGUUGGAGAUCCGGUUGGCUGCAAAGUAACGUUGAGAGGAGAGUUGAUGUAUCCUUUCAUGGACAGGCUUUUGGAGCUCGUUGUUCCAAAGACCCGGGGUCCGCAAAAGAGCGCCUUCUACGCUUUCCACAAAGACCGGUAUGAUCUCGGAACCAAGGACUUCAGCUCGCUCUCGGCGAAUAGAUUUGAGCACAUUCAUCAGAACAGGGGGCUUAAGAUAGCUCUGGUGACUGGAGCCGAGUCGAGGCUAGAGGCAAAGCGGCUGCUGAUGCUCAUGGGACUCCCAUAUCUGGGGCAGACGAAGCGAGCCAAACCAAAGCAAGUGAAAGGAAGGAAAGGCGUGCGCAUGGUCGCCGGUGCUGGAGCUGGGAAGAAGGCCGCUGCUGGGAAGAAAGGAAAGGGUGGUGCCAAGCAGCCCGCCAAGAAGAAGAAGUAGAUCUUUGGAGGGUUGACUGACAGGCACUAAGUUUCUCAUCGAUCGGACCGGGAGCUAGCAGCACAGGGUGGUAUCGAAGUGAAUAAGCAGCGCGGAGCUAGAAGACUGAAGAAGCAAGUUUGCAGCCUACGCCGUUCUUGCAAGAGUGUGGCGGAGAUUCAGCAGCUCCAUGCGGCAAUCUGAGGGGACGCUUCUUGGUUGAGAUGUUUGGAGCUGCGAAGGAAGCCGCUGCGGUGUUUGAUAGCGUCCAGCAGCUUUCAAACGUCUUCUCGUGGAACAACAUGGUCACGGUGUAUGCACAGAAUGGCUGUUUGGAACAAGCGCACAUCGAGUUCGACGCCAUGUCCUCGCUCGAGGAUAAUCUUGACGAGCUAUGCCCGCAGUGGGGUAUUCUCACGCAGGCUGAGGCUUUGCUCGAGAAAGUGCCACCGUAGGUGCCUUGCUCGGUUUGGCCAUACUACUUGGACUGGACGUGCCAGUCCGGGCAUAUCCUUGAAGCUUACAGGAUUUUUGAGAACAUACUAACAGGUAUGAUCGACUUGCUAGAGUCGAGAACGAAAA